AACAAUGUUGGGUGGAAUCUAUCAUUGUUUUGCUUCUAAAGCAGUUGUUUGCUUCUCUCCUGAUUUAGACGAAGCUGACUUGAUCCCAUCCGGUGAUCCUGUUCAGUUACUUAAUACUCUUUUGGUUUAAGUCUUGAGAGGGAUAAGCGAUAAUUCCUACUCCUCCAUCGCUUUUGUUUUUGGCAGUGGUAAUGCCCCAACCUUCCGUUUCAGUUGUUGCUGUGUGUAGGAUCAUCCCUCUGGCUCAUCAGGUUUUGUUUCAGAGUAAGAAGGCAUCAAUUUUGAAAACUAACUAGUCAAAAAAAAUUUCUGCUAAAGGGUUCGGCUAAAAUUAAAGGUGUUUCAAUGAGGAAGUAGAAUAGGGUUGAAGAUGGCUGACGUCAAUGAGCAGUUCUAUGUUUCAGGUAAUAGGGACGCUUAAUCUGAUCACUGGACGGCGAAUGAAACUAGAUAUAGCAGAGGGCACACUACACAGGAGCACCAAUGGAUCAGGGGAUGGAGCUGAGGGGAUGCGUUUGUCGGAUCAAGAGCUCCGCGCUUGAGCUUCUGUCCAUGGAAGAGGAUCUGGUGACUGAUCUGGAUGAUGAUCUGUGGGAUUUGGUCAGGAGGGAUCUCCAGCUCAAAGCCACCUUCCUGUACAUUGACCUGAGCCGUGUGAUCGCCCAUAACGAGUGCGAGGAGCGCAGGGAGGAGAUUACCCUUCUCGCCAACAAUUUCUUCUACUUCAUGGAUGAGCUGGGUGACGCCGUGGCGAGCCGGAGUGUCUCGGUCGUGAAGGUGUGCUAUGGCAAUGCGGCUCGCACGCUCCGCGAGCUGGUCGCCGCCGUUGCGCCGAUGGCAGCAGCCUGAUGGGCUCACACCAUCACAUCGCCUGUUGUGAAGCACAAAAAGGAGGGAGGCGAUGCCUAAAAAAACUGUUGCAGAAAAGAGGUCGAGAUGUACAUGUCACUGUAAGAAAUGUGGGUACUGCUACAUCGCCAGUGCACAUUCAUGGUGAGCGAGCUGAAUGAAGCAAAGCUAGAAAAAAGAUCAUGUGGUUUGUCCCCUGUUCGGCAUCGUUUUACUCCUGAAUCUAAUUCUGUUCGAUCGAUGAUUAACGCUUCAGAAAUCAUCUCCAAACAUUUGGCAAGAACAGCCGAAGUAGGCUUACAGCAUUGCCUCUAUUUGCACUUGGUUGGAAUUGUGAUAACUCUUGCAGUUUUUAAGAGACACCCA